AUGGCCCUGCGCUGCCCGGCCCGGUCCCGGGAGUCUCCGCCGCCGUCUCCGCUCCACGCAGGCGCCGGCCCCGGUGGUCUCCCGCAGGCGUCGCGGCACGGCCCUGCCUUCCUCGCACCGACGAGGCCCGCACGGCAGCCCGGCCUCGGGAGCGCGGGGUCGCGGCGGGGCUGGGAUGCUGUGGGUGCCCUGCCCUCAUCCCUUGGCAUCUCUAUCCACCUGUUCAUAAUGGCCCCAGGCCUAGAGGACAGCUCCUCUUGGUUCCAAUCUCUCGGCUGUGUCCCCUGGGCGCUCCCCGAGGGCGGGCCCGGGCGGCGCGCGCUCCUCCCGCCGGCAGGGGGCGCUGCGGCGCGAGCGGCCGCCUCCCAGCAUGCCCCGCGCAGCGCGCCGGGCCGGGGGCCGCCGGGCUGGACCUGGGGGUCGCGGCGGAGCGGGACUUGGCACGGUGCCGUCAGGACGGUGGGCGUUACCGGAGCCAGCGCCCAGCCCGGGCAGUGCACCGGACAGCGGGCCAUGGCCGAGCUGGCUCCGUUACCGCUGACUUUUGAGGACGUUGCCAUUUAUUUCUCAGAGCAGGAAUGGCAACAUCUGCAGACUUGGCAGAAGAUGCUCUACAAGCAUGUCAUGAGAACCAAUUAUGAGACUCUAGUCUCUCUAGACAGUGAUCUUUCUAAACCAGAGCUAAUACUCUGGAUUGAACAUGGGAGAGAGCCCUUCAAGAGCUGGGAAGAAUCAAAGAAACUAGACAGCAUAAUGCAUUCCUCUGCUGAGGCGCAUUUUGAUCCAGUGACAGAGCAAAAGCUGUUGGAUCCUUUUCAGGGCCACAAAUCCUCUGGACCCUUCUUAGGAGAGAGGGAAGACAUUUCCUUCAGGCCAGAGUCGGGCCUCGGCCUCAUGACCCCACAGAGACUUGACACACUGGCUCUGGCUGCGGUGGCCCAUGGCUCUAGCAUGUCUGCCCAUGAAGAGGGAAUUCCAAGGCACAGAGCUGCGGGUCUCCCUGGCCCGCAGGAAGCCCCGUCCUGGCCAAGUGUCCCACGCCCUCACCUCGUCUGUGGGGAGAACUCUGGCAAGAAAAACCACUUAGUGAGGCACCACGUGGGCCACACCAAGGACCCGCCUGUUAGGGCUGGAAGGAAAGCCACGGGCCCUGCAAAAGCCCAGCGGCCUUGGGACGUGGCCGGGGCCCCGAGGCCGCUCCCGUGUCCUGCGUGUGGGAGAAGCUCCCAGGGGAAGCGGUAUCUGCUGAGACGCCUGGCCAGGAAGAGUCCAGCCCCGGGCCCCAAAUGCAACGUGUGCUCCCAUCCAGAGCAGACCCUCUCCUGCCACCCCGUCCCACGCGAGGGCCCAGAGCCCUCCUGGGAGCCCCUCGGCCCCGCGACCCCCAAGGACAGCCCGCACUGGGCCAAGGCGCCCACCUCCUGGCGAGGACGAGGGGGACGGCCGGUCUCGCGCGGCGAGCGUGGCCAGGCCCGGGGCAGGCCCCGUGGCGCGCGGGCCCCCGCGGAUGAGCCACCCUUCCAAGGCACCCAGGGCCAGGCGCGCGCCCAGGGCCAGGCGCGCUCGGGCCUGCGCAGCCUGCUGCGGGCAUCGCUGCCUGGGCACAGCGACCCCAGGCCGCUCCCCUGCGGCGAGUGCGGCCGCGCCUUCUCCCACCCCUGCAAGCUGCGCGAGCACCUGCGCCUGCACAGCGGGGAGCGGCCCUUCCGCUGCCCGGACUGCGGCAAGAGCUUCCGCCUCCGGGGCGUGCUGCGGGCGCACCAGCGCACCCACAGCGCGCCCAGGCCCUUCCCGUGCGCGCAGUGCGGCAAGGGCUUCACGCGGCCGUCCAAGCUCGCCGAGCACCUGCGCCUGCACAGCGGCGAGCGGCCCUUCCCCUGCCCGCAGUGCGGGCGGCGCUUCCGCCUGCGGGGGCAGCUGCGCAGCCACCAGCGGCUGCACACCGGGGAGCGGCCCUUCCGCUGCCCCGACUGCGGCAAGAGCUACCGCGUCAAGGCCGACCUGAAGGCGCACCAGCUGCUGCACGGCGCCCAGAUGCCCUUCCCCUGCCAGUGCGGCAAGGGCUUCGCCAAGCGCUCCAAGCUGGUGGAGCACGUGCGGACCCACACCGGCGAGAAGCCCUUCCCGUGCCCCGAGUGCGGCAAGGCCUUCCGCCUGCGCGCGCAGCUGCUCAGCCACCGCGGCCUGCACACCGGGCAGCGGCCCUUCCGCUGCCCCGAGUGCGGCAAGGACUUCCGGGAGAGGGGCCACCUGCUCCGCCACCAGCGCAUCCACCGGCCCGAGCGGCCCUUCGCCUGCGGCGACUGCGGCAAGGGCUUCCUCUACAAGUCCAAGCUGGCGGCGCACGUCCGAGUGCACGCCAAGCCCUGCCGCGCCCCGCGGGAGCCCGACGUCCAGAAGAGGCGGAGCCAGCUGUUCGCCAUGAUCGAAGCCGACUGGAGCUGAGGCCCGAGCCUCCGCAGUCCUAGCGCCCGAGCAGCGGGCCUACUUCACGCAGGCCUGUGCUCUUAUGAAGCAUCACUGGCUAUGUUUCUCAGCUAUGAGUCAAAGAGGGGCUGGGAAGGUGGCUCAGUGGUAGAGCGCUAGCCUUCAGGCCCCACAACCGACAAAGAGAGGAGAGGCCAGAUAUUGGUUCUGCCUGCCAUCUGAGGUGAUGAUUCUUCACAGAAAUGCAAAGCUAGUUCCAACAUUCCAGGGUGAGUUAAGAUACAAGGGCUUCCAAAACCACGAGGCGAGGAAGACACUGCCCUGUCAAAGACGAGACCUCAUUGUCCUCAAUGUCUUUUCAAUCGCUUCCUUACCCACCCCAACCCCCAGGUUGUUUUUGUUUUUGUUUCCGUGCCAGUCG